AUAAAAACAAAUAGAUUACUUAAUACAAACUUAACAAUUAGAUUUAUUUAAUAAAAAAUUAAUAAAUUUUAUAGCGGUUAGCCAGAGGGACGAUUUGGACAUAAUUUGAAUUCUCCAAACGCCUUUAUACUCUGACAGCUCUGCUCCGUCCCCAGACUUAGGCCUCUCUCUCUCUCUCCCACCCUCCCUUUACACUCAACUCAAGUGAAUGAUAGAGAGAAGAGAGAAAGAGUGCAAAUCUGCGAGUGUUUGAGAAAGAAUUCAGAGAGACAACUUAUAAUCGAGAUAGUGAGCGGAAACUAAGAACAGAUUCACCGAGUGGAAGCAAAUUGAUAUGGCUGGUUACGUUGGGAUCUUGGUAUCAGAUCCAUGGCUUCAAAACCAGUUCACUCAGGUCGAGCUUCGAAGCUUAAAAGCUCAGUUCAUGACCAUGAGGAGAGAAAGCGGCCGUCUCACACUAGCCGACUUGCCGACCAAGAUACCGAGGCUGAAACACAUCGCUGAGAAUCUUACGGAGCAAGAAAUAGCUUCGUUUCUUCGAGAUUUGUACCAGAACUUGGAUAAUGACGUUGAUUUCGAGCUCUUUCUUCAGGUAUAUCUGAAACUCCAAGCUCAUGUAAGCACAAGAAUGGGGAGUGGGACAAAGAACUCAUCUGCAUUCCUCAAAUCUCCUACUUCAGCAUUGCUUCACACAAUUAGUGAAUCUGAAAAGGCAUCAUAUGUUGCGCACAUCAACAAUUACCUGGCAGGAGAUGAAUUCUUGAAGAGAUACCUUCCAAUAGAUCCUUCAACUAAUGAUCUUUUUGAGAUUGCAAAAGAUGGAGUUCUUCUUUGUAAGCUUAUUAAUGUGGCUGUUCCUGGCACAAUUGAUGAACGGGCAAUCAAUACCAAGAGAAUGCUGAAUCCAUGGGAAAGGAACGAAAAUCAUACUCUUUGCCUUAACUCUGCUAAGGCAAUUGGAUGUACAGUAGUCAAUAUAGGGACUCAGGACAUCAUUGAAGGAAGGCGGCAUCUUGUUCUUGGAGUGAUAUCACAAAUCAUUAAGAUACAACUAUUGGCAGACCUGAACUUAAAGAAAACUCCUCAGUUGGUGGAGUUGGUUGAUAAUGGAAAGGAUAUAGAAGAGCUGAUGAGUUUACCUCCAGAGAAGAUUUUGCUUAGGUGGAUGAAUUUUCAAUUGAAAAAAACAGGAUAUGAGAAAACAGUCACAAACUUCUCUUCUGAUAUAAAGGAUGCGGAGGCUUAUGCUCGCCUUUUAAAUAUUCUUGCCCCUGAGCAUAGUAAUCCAUCCAUGUUGGCUGUCAAAAAUCCUCUAGAAAGAGCAAAGUUAGUUCUUGAGCAUGCUGAUAGGAUGGGUUGCAAGAGAUACUUAACUGCAAGAGAUAUUGUGGAGGGUUCUCCAAAUCUGAACCUUGGUUUUGUGGCACAUAUCUUUCAACAUAGGAAUGGCCUUUCAACUUAUACAAGGCAUAUUUCAUUUCUUGAAACGUCUUUGGAUGACACACUCAUCUCUAGAGAAGAGAAAGCAUUUCGGUUUUGGAUAAACAGUCUUGGAAAUUCAAAACACAUUGACAAUGUCUUUGAAGACCUGAGAAAUGGGUGGGUGCUCUUGGAGACUCUUGACAAGGUAUCACCAGGAAUUGUUAACUGGAAACUUGCCACUAAGCCACCAAUUAAAAUGCCUUUCAGAAAAGUAGAGAACUGCAACCAAGUUGUUAAAAUUGGGAAACAACUGAAGUUUUCACUUGUAAAUAUUGCUGGGAAUGAUAUUGUUCAAGGAAACAAGAAAUUGAUAUUGGCUUAUUUGUGGCAACUGAUGCGGUACAACAUGCUUCAACUUCUAAAGAAUUUGAGAUUCCAUUCUCAUGGGAAGGAACUUACCGAUGCUGACAUUUUAGAAUGGGCCAAUUCCAAAGUGCGGAACUCAGGAAGGCAGGGUCAUAUGUCUAGUUUUAAGGAUAAGAGUUUGUCAGACGGCAUUUUUUUCCUUGAGCUACUUAGUGCUGUGGAACCUAGAGCAGUUAACUGGAGUCUUGUUACAAAAGGGGAAAGUGAGGAGGAGAAAAAGAUGAAUGCAACCUACAUCAUCAGUAUUGCAAGGAAACUUGGCUGUUCAAUAUUCUUGCUUCCUGAAGACAUAACAGAGGUGAGUCAAAAGAUGAUUCUCACGUUGACAGCAAGUAUCAUGUAUUGGUUCUUGAAACAACCAGCAGAAGAGAGGCCAUCCGCAGCUUCAGAUAGUGAAAGUGGUAGCCAAUCAGAGACAACCUCGAACUCAACAAUGGAUGACACUGCCUCUGAGUCAUCAACAGAUGAAAGCUUGAGUAGGUAGAUGGGUGAUUUUCUAGAGAACUUUCAUUAAAGUUCUACAAGAUCGUUGAUGUGAUUUCUUUUUUUUUUUU